AUGUGCCAGGCCUUGAGCUGGGUGGGCAGGAAGGCAGGUAGGCAGAGGGAGAGCCAGUGGCACUGGGACCAUGGCUCUGACUGUGUGUGUGCGGCGACUGACAGGGCUGCCAGGCACCCAUGACCGACAAGUGAGGCUCAUUCUGAACAGGUUUUACCCAGAAAACAAGGAAAAUUCAUUGUGGUCAAGAAACAGAUAUUGGUGAGGUCACUCUUCCGUUGGCCACACUAUGGGGCUCCAUUGGCUGGGGAGUGUCUGUCCGUGCAGGUGAUUAACUGCAGCCGUGUGUUCAGCCCCAGGCCCCUGGGGACCCUGGUGAUCUCCUUACAGCAGCUAGAGAGUGUUGGGCGUUUGGUACUACGGGAGGCCCUAGUGGAUGAGAAGCUGCGAGUGUCCCAGAUCCAGGUGGAGCUCGACCUGAGGUACCAGCCCCCAGAGGGGGCAAUUGGGGCCUGGGCAGAGGAGGACUUUGGGGCACCUAUCCGGGACAGCUCCGAGCUGAUCAUUCCCAAUGUGGGCUUCCAGGAGCUGAAGCCUGGAGAGGCCCGACUGGAGCGGCAGGCAGUGGCUUUGGGUCGCAAGCUAGCUUGUGGCCUAGGCCAGCAGGAUGAUGAGGAGAAUGAGCUGGAGCUGGAGCUGGAGGAUGAGCCUGAAGUGGAGCUUUCCGGCGUCGUGUUCAGCCUCCUCAAGAGCCGAGCUCGGGGCCUGGCCCGCGGGGAUCCUUUCCAGAUGUCCAGAGCCCAGGACUUCCAGGUGGGGGUCACGGUGCUUGAGGCACAGAAGCUGGUGGGAGUCAACAUUAACCCCUAUGUGGCUGUGCGCGUUGGGGAGCAGCGACGAGUAACCGCGACGCAGCGCGGGACCAAUUGCCCCUUCUACAACGAAUACUUCCUGUUCGAAUUUCAUGAGACCCGGGUUCGUCUCCAAGACUUGGUGCUGGAGAUCACGGUGAGGGAGUUGGGGGUGAGAAGUUUCCUUCAGAGGAAGUGAGGGGCCUAUGCUGAAGUUCCAGGACUAACAUCGUUCUCUUCCUCCCAGGCUUUCCAUUCGCAGACCCUUCCCUUUAUGGCCACCAGGAUAGGCACCUUCAGGAUGGACCUGGGAAUAGUCUUCGACCAGCCAGGUACUGAACCCUCGCCCCCAGAUGGCCACUUCUACCAGAAAUGGGCUCCACUGCACGACCCCCGGGACACCCGCGCCGGGACCAAGGGUUUCGUCAAAGUUACCUUGACAGUGAGGGCGCGCGGAGACCUGCCCCCUCCGCUGCCACUCCAGAGACCGGGGCAUAGUUCGGACAUCGAGAAGAACCUGCUCCUGCCGCGUCGGGUGCCGGCUGAGAGGCCGUGGGCACGCCUCAGAGUGCGAGUGUACCGCGCGGAGGGGCUGCCCUCACUGCGCCCGGGGCUGCUGGGCAGCCUGGCCCGCGCCCUGAACGACCAGCGCAUUCUCAUGGACCCCUAUGUUCGGGUGUCUUUCCUGGGGCAGCAGGGUGAGACAUCCGUGCGCAGCGAGGCGGUGGCACCUGAGUGGAACGAGCAGCUGAGCUUCGUAGAGCUCUUCCCGCCGCUGACGCGCGGCCUCCGGCUGCAGCUGCGGGACGACGCUCCCCUUUUCGAUGUGGCCCUCGCCACGCACGUGUUGGACCUCAGGCAGAUCUCGCAUCCGGGCCGCGCGGCGGGGUUUAACCCCACCUUCGGCCCGGCCUGGAUUCCCCUCUAUGGCUCACCCCCCAGCGGGGGGCUCCGAGAUGGUCUUCAAAAUCUCAAUGAAGGCCUUGGCCAAGGCAUUUGGUUUCGCGGCCGCCUCCUGGUGGCUGUGUCCAUGGAGGUGUUCGAAGGGAGAGCCGAACCCAAGCCUCCCCAGGCCCCACAGAGGUCCAGGCUAUCCCGGCUCACAGGGAAGAAGAAGAGAGCCAAGCGAGGCCAGACCCCGACAGAAGUUCCGCAGCACCUGGAUGCCAGCUCCAGUGCGGAUGUGCCUGAGAUUCCUAGUGCAAUGGAGGUGGAAGUGGAGGAGUUGCUGCCGCUACCGGAGAACGCCCUGGCGCCCAGCGAAGAUUUCCUCCUCUUCGGUGUGCUCUUUGAGGCCACGAUGAUUGACCCUGCCUUGGUCUCCCAGCCCAUCAGCUUUGAGAUCUCCAUCGGUCCCGCGGGCCGCCAGGAGGAGCAAGUGGGCCGAGGUCCUAGGGCCAGGGAGGGAGCGGAGGGCGAGGCGGUUGAGGCGCAGCCUCUGCUGGAGUCCGACGCCGGAGCUGAGCCGGAGGAGGAGCUGGGGAUCCCAGCUCAGCGGCCUGAGCCCAUGGACGGGAACGGGCCGUACUUCUGCUUGCCCCUGCGCCGCCGCAAGCCUUGCGUGAGCGUCUGGAGCCGCUGGGAGAAUCACAUGUGGCGUCUGCUGAGCAGCAACAGCGUGCGCAAAGUAGCAGAGAGGCUGGACCAGGGGCUGCAGGAGGCUGAGACGUUGCAGCGCAGGAUCGGACCCGGCGCCUGUGCACGACUCAAGCAGGCUCUGGAAGAGCUGGUGGCUGGGAGCAGACAGUUUUGCCAUGGGGCUGAACGCAGGACAAUGACCCGGCCCAAUGCUCUGGAUCGCUGCCGAGGGAAGCUGCUGGUGCAUAGCCUGAACCUACUGGCAAAGCAAGGACUACGACUUCUGCAGGGCCUGAGACCAGGCAACGUGCAAGAGAAGGUAGUACUGGCCAAGAAGCUCCUGGCAAAACUGUGCUUCCUGGCCCAGGAGCUUACGGCAUACUACCCCUUAGCUCUAGGUAAAAAUCAUAGGAAAGAGUUGCCCCAGCCACCCGUCCCUGAUGUGCUGGUCUGGAUGUUCAGUGGGCGACGCCGUGUGGCCUGGGCCCGGAUUCCCGCCCAGGAUGUGCUGUUCUCUGUGGUAGAGGAGGAGCGGGGCCGGGACUGUGGGAAGAUCCAAAGUCUGCUGCUCACAGCACCUGAGGCUGCCCCUGGUGAGGUCUGUGCCAAGCUGGAGCUCUUUCUGUGGCUGGGCCUGGGCAAGCAAGCCAAGGCCUGCACCUCAGAGCUACCCCAAGACCUGCUGCCUGAGCCCUCGGCUGGGCUGCCGCAGAACCUGUACCGGGAUGACUUCAGCUAUUUCCAGCUCCGAGCUCACUUGUACCAGGCCCGAGGUGUGUUGGCAGCGGACGACAGUGGUCUAUCAGACCCCUUUGCUAGAGUCCUCAUCUCUACCCAGUGUCAGACCACCAGGGUCCUGGAGCAGACACUGAGCCCUCUGUGGGAUGAACUCUUGGUAUUUGAUCAGUUGAUCGUGGAUGGGAGGAGGGAGCACCUACAGGAGGAGCCUCCCUUGGUGGUCAUCAAUGUCUUCAACCACAAUAAGUUUGGUCCCCCUGUGUUCCUGGGCAGGGCCCUGGCUGCCCCAAGAGUAAAGCUGAUGGAAGAGCCAUACCAACGCCCUGACCUGCAGUUCUUCCCCCUGAGGAAGGGGCCCUGGGCAGCUGGAGAGCUCAUUGCCACCUUUGAACUCAUUGAACUGGACUACAGUAGCCAGCUUGAGCCCUCAGUGCCCAGUGAUGUGGAGCCCCAGGACCUGACAACCCUGGUCCAGCCCCUCUCUGGAUGCAUGUCCCUGCCACACAAUGUGCGCCCGGUGCUCAGGGAGUUCCGUGUUGAGGUGCUGUUCUGGGGUCUGAGGGGCCUCGGCCGUGUGCAUCUGUUUGAGGUGGAGCAGCCCCAGGUUGUGCUGGAGGUGGCCGGGCAACGUGUGGAAUCCGAGGUUCUGGCCAGCUACCAUGAGAACCCCAAUUUCACCGAGCUCGUCAGGCAUCUGACAGUGUGGGGCUACAGCAGAGCUGGGCUAGAAUGCAGACUUAGAUUUCAUUUUCCCAUCUGCCUUGGCUGCUGCCUCUCUCUCCUCCACAAUCUUCUGUCUCUCCACCCCCAGGACUUGCCAGAGCAGCCUUACCUGCAGCCCCCACUCAGCAUCCUGGUGAUUGAGCGCCGGGCCUUUGGCCGCACAGUCCUCGUGGGUUCCCACAUUGUCCCCCACAUGCAGCGAUUCACACUCCGGGGUCAUGAGCAUCCCUUCAAGGAGGAGGAGGAAGAGGAGGAGAUAAUGGACCGGGUACCCAUGGGACCUCAGGGACAGAAAUCCCUGGAUUCCUCCUUGGCUGAGGGGAGGUUACCUAGACGGCUCCUCAAGGCUCCUCUGAAGAAGCUCCCCCUGGGAGGCCUCAUGAAUCAAGGCCCUGAGCUGGAGGAAGAUAUCCCGGAUCCCGAAGAGCUCGACUGGUGGUCCAAGUACUAUGCAUCACUGCAGGAACUCCAGGGGCAGCAUAACUUUGAUGAGGAUGAAAUGGAUGAUCCUGGAGAGUCAGAUGGGGUCAACCUCAUUUCUGUGGAUAAGGAGGCCCAAGACCAGCGUGAGGCUAAAGUCGAGGGCUCCGUGUCCCAGAAAAAAGCAAUGGCCACCCUGAAGAUCUACAACAGCUCCCUGGAGGAAGAGUUUAACCACUUUGAAGACUGGCUGAAUGUGUUCCCCCUCUACCGAGGGCAAGGGGGCCAUGAUGGAGAUGGAGAAGAAGAAGGGACUGGACAAUUUGUUGGCAAGUUCAAGGGCUCUUUCCUUAUUUACCCUGAAUCAGAGGCAAUGUCACUCUCUGAGCCCCAUAUCUCCCGGGGGAUCCCACAGAACCGGCCCAUCAAGCUCCUGGUCAGAGUAUAUGUUGUAAAGGCUACCAACCUGGCACCCGCAGAUCCCAAUGGCAAAGCAGACCCCUAUGUGGUAGUGAGCGCUGGCCGGGAGCGUCAGGACACCAAGGAGCGCUACAUACCCAAGCAGCUCAACCCCAUCUUUGGAGAGGUCCUGGAGCUCAGCAUCUCUCUCCCGGCCGAGCCUGAACUGACUGUGGCCGUGUUCGAUCAUGACCUCGUGGGCUCUGAUGACCUCAUUGGGGAGACCCACAUCGAUCUGGAAAACCGAUUCUACAGCCACCACAGGGCAAACUGUGGGCUGGCCUCCCAGUAUGAUGUGUGAGUCCAGCAGGCCCCUCAGGAGCCCAGAGACGGGUACAACGCUUGGCGCGAUGCAUUCCAGCCUUCACAGAUCCUGGCGGGGCUGUGCCAACGCUGUGGCCUCCCUGCCCCUGAAUACCGAGCCGGGGCUGUCAAGGUGGGCAGCAAAGUCUUUCUGACACCGCCUGAGACCCUGCCCCCAGAGGAACAGGCAUUGUUUGUGCUGCGGUGCUGGCAGGAAAUGCCGGAGCUGGGGAUCCAGUUGGUACCUGAGCAUGUAGAAACACGGCCCCUCUACCAUCCCCGCAGCCCGGGGCUGCUGCAGGGAUCCCUUCACAUGUGGAUUGACAUCUUCUCCCAUGAUGUGCCUGCUCCAGCCCCUGUUGACAUCAAGCCUCGACAGCCAAUCAGCUAUGAGCUCAGAGUCAUCAUCUGGAACACAGAGGAUGUGGUUCUGGAUGAUGUGAACCCGCUCACUGGAGAGAAGUCGAGUGACAUCUAUGUGAAAAGCUGGGUGAAGGGGCUGGAGCACGAUAAGCAGGAGACAGAUGUUCACUUCAACUCACUGACUGGGGAGGGGAACUUCAACUGGCGCUUUGUGUUCCGCUUUGACUACCUGCCCACUGAGCGGGAGGUGACUGUCCGGCGCCGGCCUGGACCCUUCGCCCUGGAGGAGGCUGAGUUCCGGCAGCCUGCAGUGCUGGUCCUGCAGGUCUGGGACUAUGACCGCAUCUCCGCCAGCGAUUUCCUUGGAUCCCUGGAGCUGCAGCUGCCCGACAUGGUGCGGGGGUCCCGGGGCCCCGAGCUCUGCUCCGUGAAGCUGGCCCGCGAUGGGGCCGGGCCGAGGUGCAACCUGUUUCGCUGCCGCCGCUUGCGAGGCUGGUGGCCAGUAGUGAAAAUGCAGGAGCCAGAGGACUUGGAGCAGGAGGAGCGGGAGGCUAAGGCGGGCAAAAAGAGCCGGAGGCGGAGGAGGAGGAAAGGCCGGCCAGAAGACUUACAGUUCACGGACGCCGGAGGCAAUGCGUACAUCCUCACGGGGAAGGUGGAGGCAGAGUUUGAGCUGCUGACUGUGGAAGAGGCUGAGAAACGGCCAGUGGGAAAAGGGCGGAAGGAGCCGGAGCCCUUGGAGAAGCCCAACCGUCCCAAAACCUCCUUCAACUGGUUUGUGAAUCCGCUGAAGACCUUUGUCUUCUUCAUUUUGCGCCGGUACUGGCGCAUCCUGGUGGUGCUGCUGCUGCUGGCAUUGAUCACCGUCUUCCUCCUCCUCAUCUUCUACUCUAUGCCGGGCGAGAUCAGCCAGGUCAUCUUCCGCCCCCUCCACUGAGCCCAUCCCGCCACCAAGGCCUUGGUCCCAACUGACCCUGGACACUCAUCCCCAGCGCCAGCCCUUCAACUCCCACUUCAGGAA